UGGACGGGUGGCCACUCCAUCUUUGGAGCUGUGGAAUGAGAUUUGUUCGACUUUAAAGUGGAUCAGUGUUUUGUAAUGAUUUCCCCCCUCUGCGCGCCUGCCUAUUAUUAGCUACGGAGGCCUUACAGUAAGUGGAGUUGGCUCCAUGACGGUCAGUGCUGCAGCUCUGCAACCCACCACUACACCGAGACCAGCGUUAAUGUUUUUGGCGAUGCAGUCGCACAUAUUCUAUUGAUCCAGGGGAUUUUUUUCCCCCCCGAAACGUCUGCGCUCGGUCGGCAAUUUUCAAGCCUCGUUCACCUUGCCUUGAAGAUGAAGUUAAAUACGAGCUGCCGUCAGGUGCAAGCCGCAUCCGAUGGAUCCCUGCUUUUUAUCAGGUUCAUCGACCAACCCGAUGCAGCACUUCCUUAUGUUGCGGUAAGGGGGAUCAACAACGUUUAUGACAACGGAGUCUAACUGAAUUUAUUUCCUUAUCGUUGGUGUUGCGAUGGAAUGAGUCGGAGCCAGAUAAAUAGGCUCAAGAGUCAGUGACGGGGCGUUGCAUAACGUGUAAUGCAGCAAAGCCUCAUGACUAGUGUCUCGGUGGUGGAGGGACUGUUCGGUCCUUCUGGCCCCAGCUGAACGAUUCUGAUAUGGACUAUGAGAGGCCAAACGUUGAAACUAUCAAGUGUGUGGUAGUAGGAGACAAUGCAGUUGGAAAGACCCGCCUUAUUUGCGCCCGAGCCUGCAAUGCCACACUGACUCAGUACCAGUUACUCGCUACACAUGUGCCCACAGUCUGGGCAAUUGACCAGUACAGAGUAUGCCAAGAAGUGUUAGAACGCUCCAGAGAUGUAGUGGAUGACGUCAGUGUGUCUCUCCGGCUCUGGGAUACUUUUGGAGACCAUCACAAGGACCGGCGUUUUGCUUAUGGCAGGUCUGAUGUUGUGGUACUGUGUUUCUCAAUCGCCAAUCCCAACUCACUGUACCAUGUGAAGACAAUGUGGUACCCUGAAAUCAAGCACUUCUGCCCCCGCGCUCCUGUCAUAUUGGUAGGCUGCCAGCUGGACCUGCGCUAUGCAGACCUAGAAGCAGUAAACAGGGCACGGAGACCAUUAGCCAGGCCAAUUAAAUCCAAUGAGAUUCUUCCUCCAGAGAGAGGCCGGGAGGUGGCCAAAGAGUUGGGAGUGCCAUAUUAUGAAACCAGUGUUGUUGCUCAGUUUGGAGUCAAGGACGUCUUUGAUAAUGCCAUCCGAGCUGCUCUCAUCUCACGCCGCCAUCUGCAGUUUUGGAAAUCUCACCUCAGAAAUGUUCAGCGGCCUCUCCUUCAAGCGCCCUUCCUGCCUCCAAAACCUCCCCCACCUAUUAUCACUGUGCCUCCUCCCCCAUCCACCACAGAGGAGCAUCCAGUUGGUCUUCUAGAGGACCCACACUGUGCUGAUGUCAUCCUGGUUUUGCAGGAGCGACAGAAAAUCUUUGCACACAAGAUAUACUUGGCAACAUCCUCCUCAAAGUUCUACGACCUCUUUAUCAUGGACACACAGAAUGAGGAGGCUGAAAAGCCCCCUCGGGCCCCUCUUUCUGGGAGAGAGCUGCUGAUGCGUGCUGCUAGUUUUGACGUGUGUGAGAGCAACGAUGAUGGAGAUAGAGCUAACCUGAGAGCCUGCACUAGUGAUGGGACCUUGAAAGACUCUGAAGGGGGCAGACGAGGCAGGUUGCUUUCCUCGUGGAGUCGAGCCUUUGUCAGCAUCCAGGAAGAGCUGGUAGAAGACCCUGUAACAUACAGCCCCAGACCCAUGACUGUAGUACACAUGGACCAGUCCAUGCAGCUUGGCCCUUUUCGAGCAGUUCUCCGCUACCUGUAUACAGGUGAGCUAGAUGAGAAUGAGAAAGAGCUAAUGCAAAUUGCACACAUUGCUGAGCUGCUGGAGGUCUUUGAUCUGCGGAUGAUGGUGGCAAACAUACUUAACAAUGAAGCCUUCAUGAAUCAAGAAAUCACCAAAGCCUUCCAUGUACGCCGCACAAACAGAGUCAAAGAGUGUUUGGCCAAAGGCACCUUUUCCGAUGUAGUAUUUAAACUAGAUGAUGGGACUAUCAUGGCCCACAAGCCCUUACUCAUUUCUAGUUGUGACUGGAUGGCAGCUAUGUUUGGUGGGCCCUUUGUGGAGAGUUGCACCAAAGAGGUGCUGUUUCCCAACACAACUCGCAGCUGUAUGAGGGCUGUGCUGGAGUAUCUCUACACAGGGAGGUUUUGUUCUCGGCCUGACCUGGAUGCAAUGGAGCUCAUUGUUCUUGCCAAUCGUCUUUGCCUCCCCCACCUGGUUGCACUUACAGAGCUCUACACAGUGACAGUAUUGACAGAGGCAGCGAUGAUGGGAGCUGACAUUGAUGGAGAUGUGCUGGUCUACUUGGAUAUGGCUCAGUUCCACGGUGCCCAGCAGCUCACUGGAUGGUGUCUGCAUCACAUCUGUACCAACUACAAUAGUGUCUGCCGAAAAUUUCCCCGCGAUAUGAAGGCCAAGUCUACAGAGAACCAAGAAUACUUUGAGAAACAUCGCUGGCCACCUGUUUGGUACUUGAAAGAAGAUGACCACUACCAAAGAGCACGCAAAGAGCGUGACAAGGAGGACUACCUGUACCAGAGACGGCAAUGUAAACGCAAGUGGCUCUUCUGGAACCUUCCCUCCUCCCCAAACUCAAACUCUCCCUCUGGCUCAUCUGCUGUCAUCUGACCCAGUGGUAAGGUCAUACCAAGUCUGGAGUGCAUAGCUGUGUGAGUGCAAGUUGUAAAAGAUACAGCAGAAGUUAAGCACUGCUUACUUGGUGCACCCAAAUAUUCAGGCGUGCUGUUUCUCGUCCUGCCUAGACAGGCAAACAACACUCCAGGCAAGUGAGAUUAGGUCAGUCUGGUGUAUAAAGUGAUGAGUUUUCUUCCUUAGAAUUUAGCUUUAGCUUGGUUUGUAUAAUGACUUGAACCUCAGUGACAUAAACCUUAUUGAUAAAUGUUAGUGUAACUGGCGCAAACAUUAACUCGUGUUCCACCAUCUGAGUAUUACACUUAUAAAAAUGGGACUCUGCUGGCACAGAUCUCUCCACCUGUGGUUAAAUUUAUCAUCAGUUAAUCAGUGAACUGAUAACCAAGUGCUGCUUAUCGGCUGCAACAACCAGCAAUUCAAGACAAUUCUUAAGUCUCAGAGAUGUAACAAUUUGCCCUUAAGUGUUUGUACAAUCUGCCAAACUGCAUGUACAGUAUGAUUUCAUAGAUCAGGUGGAACAUAAGCAUGGCCUGGCUGGAAACAGUUACUGGAUUCAUUCAUUCAAACUGCUCUCAUCAUGAUCAUAUCAGCAUAAAAGAAAAACAAUACUAGCCACUUCUACUCCUGUCAAUUUUUAUACUGUAACGUAAUUUGAUUUCUAAUUAUUUGUGCACAGCUUACACAACUAAAAACAGUGUGAGUCUGGACACACCAUUUACAUAUUGUUAUUUGUGGCUUUUUGUCACAAAAGGGCUUCAUUUCACACAAAUGCAUUCAGUGUCCUGUGACAAAAGAUAAUUCAAAUCAAGACAAAUAUGUUUAUUUUCUGAAAAAUGUCAGGAAAAAAAACAAGAAAUAAUUUAUAUGUGUUGCUGAAUGAGACUUCCUAGCGCACAUUUUCCAGGAUCAAUCAGUUUUAUACUGAAUGGCUCCAUCCUCUUGAUCACUGUUGUCCAGGAAAACAACCCAUAAUGCAUUUAUUUCAGAGUUGAAGGUAAUUACAAUUCUUUUAUGUAUGUAUCUGUCUCUGGUGGUGAUUUCACCUUUAGAGAUUUAUCUUAAAUUAGAGGCAACCUCCUGACUGUCUGAAGUUUGGAUAUGUAAGACUUGUACGUCUGAAAGGCCUGGGUGAGGUCUUCUCUGCAACGCUAGCACUUUCUGGACUCCACAGAGACACACACAAGAACCUCAAGUAGCAGCAUUAAGGACUGUAUGGCGUUAUGACAAACGGAGCAGAGGAGGAAACAAGGCCAAGAUAUUUAAUCUGUUUUCAAAACAGAUGGGAAGAUCAAAUCCUUUUUCUUGAUUUGUUUUGCAUACCUCAUAGGUACAUGUUCAAGAUUGUCAUCUACUGCUGUACUUGAUUGUAGGAUGAGCUGCAGAAUUACUUGUAUAAGCAGGCGUGGUGCUUAGUGAAGAUCGGUUGUAUUGUAAAUUGUAUAAAUUUCAUAUAAACCGCAAAUAACUUGCAUCACUCUAAUGUGCUGUUACCUAAUAUUGUGCACUGCAGGCAGUGAGCAGAAUCUUACAGUAUUAUUGAGUAAUACUGAAUAAACUUGACUUUUCUGACUUGUAUUUAGUUACAGUGCAGCUACAAACUGUUGCUGAAAAUUACUGAACACUCAUUGUGCUGACCUCCAGGUACAUCUGUUAUAUACUUUGGUUUAUACUGAAUUACUGGCAGUUCAAUAUAACAGUUGAAAAAUAGUAAAAAAUGAUAACAGUGCAAAGUAACGUAGACAUAUGCAUAUAUAAAUGGCAUCAUUAAGGUUUUGUGGCACAUUCAUAAAACAUGCAGUUAUCAAAACAGUGAUUGUAUUUGCUUGUGUAACAUAUGUUAACUGAAAGCUUGCUUUAAUGCUAUUUAUCAUUGAUAUAUCAUUGGAUGUUGUUUUCCACUCUUUCCAGACAUUUAGAGCCAAACAAAGAGCUUAAGAUUAUUAGAUAGUAUAAAUCAAUCAGUGACAAAACUAAUUUCCCUUUUAUAUCAACUUCUUAAUAACUACAUAGCAUAAAAUGCUUCACCAGAUUGUUUGCCAUUUAAAAUGUUAGACAUGUAGUUGUGCUGGUACUUUAGGCAGUGACUUUAAAUUAGUCUUGAUUUUUUUACAGUUUCUAUUCCUAAUUAAAGACAAUAUAUCUUGAUUUUUCAAAUAUAUUGGCCCACAUAUUCAGUCAUAAGGAAACACACGAACCUCCAGAAAUAUUGUAGAGGUAUAUACUAAUUCUAAAUUAUAAUAUGCCAUUUGAGUAUUAUGUAAUGUCUAGUUCACACAAAAUUCUGUUUAGCUUAACAGGUUAACAGCUGAAAGUCUUGGAGGAGGAAGGUCUUGGUGGUGCAACUGAUACAGUUCAUAGACAUGCAUUUCAUUCCUCAGUGCAUUGCAUCUCUCAGUGAAUCUUCUGCUGAUGUUUUGCAUCAACAACACCCCAUGCCUUAAUGUACAGUGUACUGUAGUGUAAGGUAUUGAAUGUAAAGUAUUGUUGCUGUGGUCACUAUCUUGUUUUGUUAUGUCUUAAGCUGCCAUGGUGCUCUCUGCGCUGUGGGUUAAUUUAUAAAUGUGCCCAAUCCUUAAGCUGGGUGUAAAGCAGUAGGUUUUUGACAACCAUAGGGAGUUUGAGGAGCGUGCUUCAGUUUAACUACUGCUAAGGGUUUGUCAUUUAAAAACAUAAAAAAAACCAAACAAAUUAAAGACUCUGAGCACCAAGGCUGCUUUGGACUAAUGACUAAUCAUCAACUUGUGACAUUGACCAUGAAAUGAAUGCAGGGAGUUCACAUUCAUUUGAUUGUUUCAAAGUUUCUUUAAUGAGCUUUUGAUUUUACUCAGUUACAAAAUGCUGAGACUGAUAUUAACUCAAAUACAUAUACAUUUAUAUAUAUAUAUAUAUAUAUAUAUAUAUAUAUAUAUAUAUAUAUAUAUAUAUAUAUAUAUAUAUAUAGUGCAAUGAUUUCUGCAUUGGCAUAGGAAUUGACACAAGCAUUUGCAUAUUGUAACAUAGACCCGAUUUUGUACUAUGCACAUUUAAAAGUCUGACUUUGAAACUACAAAAUUGCACUGCUUUGUAGGACCAGGUUCUCUUCAAUUUGCAUCAAAUGGUAUUGCAACAUUAUUAGAUAUGUAUAUAAUAUCAGGUAAGAAAAACAGAUUAGAUCACAAAUUACAAUGAAGUUGUCACUGGGGCCCUUUUCCAUGUGUUUGGGUGCUAUAUCACAGCUGCACAGAAGCACAAACCAAAGGGAGCUUUAGCAGCACCAGGACUGUAUUGUAUAUGCUGCACAAUCACUACUGUAUAGUUUAAGAGGCCUUGUUCAGGAAUGGUUGUUAAAAAAAAAAAAAAAAAAGAUAAAAGAAAAAAAAAAAAGAAGAAGAAUGUUUUCUCAGUGUUUGAUGCCUGGUUGACUUUUCAGUAGUCUCCAGGUAUUUUUGUUCUCAAGAGUUGUUUUUAUGAUUUAGGAGCUGUACAUCUGGAAUUCUGUAGCAUGUGUUCUUGAAAAUGUGUAAAUAAUAUUUAAUAAAUAAACAAAGA